ACCUACCGGUGUCAUGUUACGUAAACUCAUGUCGCAGAAUUACCUGUGUUUUAACCUUGACCUUUUUGUUGCUCGACGCUUUUCAGUGAUGGGACACGUUACGUCGGAUCAUACGAUGCAGCAGGAGCUGACGUCCGAUGGUGACACAACAUGGAAUCCACUCGACGCAUUCCAGGAUGGUGCACGUUGCGAAUACGCGGUGAUUGUGCUGAAUCGUCCCAUACGCUGGCAGCACAACGUACUACUAAGAUUCUGGCAAAAAGCUCGAAUCACUGUUACCGUGGAUGGUGGAACACAGAGGUGGCUGAAGUAUCUGGAAGAACAGGAAAUAAACAUAUCGAACAUCGAGCACAAGCAAUAUGUACCGGAUCUCAUCACAGGGGAUAUGGAUAGUUGUCCACCUUAUAUCGUUGAGAAGUUUGCAAGUAUAGGAUCCACCAUCAUCAAAACGCCUGAUCAGGAUAACACGGAUUAUACCAAAGCUCUGCUGGAAGUUGCACACUAUGUUAAGACACACAACAUAAAUUUAGGUGAAAUAUACGUACUUACAGAAACAUCAGGCAGGUUUGAUCAUAUCAUUGCCAACAUUAAUACUUUAUACAGAAGUGACGAGCUUGUGGGAAAUAUACGGGUGAUACAACUUGCAAGCAAUUCUAUGACGUGGAUAUUAAAACCUGGUAUGCAUAGUAUACAUAUACCAGAAAUUUUGGUACAACAGAAAUCUUGGUGUGGUCUACUACCGUUUGGUUGUACCGUCAAUUGUAUAUCAACAACUGGUUUGAAAUGGAAUUUAAAUAAAACAACUAUCCAAUUCGGUGGUUUGAUAAGUACUUCAAAUACUUAUGAAGAUUCCAAAGUGACUGUGAAUACAGAUACGCCGGUAAUUUGGACCAUGGGUAUAGAAUUUUUAGGGAGAAUAUAAAUGAAGUAUAAUGUUAUUCUGCUAAUGUGAUUAUAAGAUAAUAAUGCAGAUAAAUGAUGCAAAUUCAGACAUGAUUUAAGUCAAACAUGCUAAAUAUUAACUAAAAUACUUAAAAUGUUCUAUUUGAAUAACAGUAGUAAACUGGAAUGAUAAUUUUUAAUUU